ACAUCUCGCGAUCAUCAUCAUCAUCAUGAGAAUUAUGAAUCAUCAAGCUAUGGGGUAAAUCAUCAUCCACAAUAUCAACAUCAACAACAACAGCAACACUCAAACACGUCAACAUUCUCACGUCAUUCCAUCAACACACCAAUAAGUUCCCCGCCUAUGUCGCCUGGAAUGAAUCAUUACAACUCACAACAUCAAUACCAAAGUACCAGCACCAAAUUACUAUUGGAACAAAUCCUUAGCACUACCAGAAAUCCUGACAAACUACCAAUGAUUGUAAAGCCUUCACAUGGCGGUUAUUGGAUCGAUUGUGGACAAAUUGAUUAUGAUGAUGAAACUGAUCAUGCUGAGAAUGAUUUUAAUGACGACAACAAUAACAACAACAGUCAAGAAGACAAGUUUGAGAAUGAAGGUGAAGUUAAUCGAAUGAUGGAGAUUAAGAUUGAAACAAAUGACUUGGCACGCUGCUAUCGGCAGCAUUUCUACGGUCGUGAACAUUCCAAUUUAAUUGGAUUUGAUGAGAAUCAAGGUCCAGUGUUGAUGUCAAUCAAGCCUGAGUCAAUUGCAAAUCAGCCGCAAUUGAGAAUCUUGUUACGUCUUAAAAGCGGAACAAUGCAUGAGAUCAUUCCAACAUCAUGUCUUGGUGAGAAUGCGACACCGAUAAAGAUCAGUCGAUUGUUGAAUGAUCAACUGCAAGUCGACUCAUUCACACCUAUAAUGUGUCCAAUGGCAUCGAAUCUCAUCGCUGCUUAUGAUGAACAUCAACUUGUUAUUAAUUUCAAGUUUGGCAUUUUGUAUCAGAAAUUCGGUCAAACGAUUGAAGAAGAAUUAUUCUCGAACAAUGAAACAUCACAAGAGUUUGAAGAUUUCCUGGCUUUGUUAGGCGAGAAGAUUAAACUGAAAGAUCAUAAAGGCUACAGAGGUGGAUUAGACAUUCAAAAUGGUCACACUGGUGAUGCAGCAAUUUAUGAAGUAUUUGAAGAUCGCGAAAUUAUGUUUCAUGUAUCGACGAUGCUUCCAUUCACCAAUGGCGAUCCCCAACAACUCCAAAGGAAACGUCAUAUCGGAAACGAUAUUGUUGCGAUUGUCUUUCAAGAGAAGAACACGCCAUUCUCACCCGAUAUGAUUGCUUCGCAUUUUCUUCACGCUUUUGUUGUCGUACAACAACACACGAGAUCGAGUUACAAGAUUUCAGUUGCCGCACGCGAUGGCGUUCCAUUCUUUGGACCAGCAUUGCCAAGAAAUGGAAUCAUUGGAAAGAAACAAUUGAAAGAGUUUCUUCUCACAAAACUUAUUAAUGCUGAAAAUGCUUGUUACAAAGCAGAAAAGUUUGCAAAACUUGAAUAUAGAACAAGAUCGUCACUUCUUCAAAAUCUUGUUGAAGACUUACGUGAUAAGACGAAAGAUUUCCUUGGCGUUGAUCCUGUGACACAACCAGAAUCACCAGCAAAAGAUAAAGAAAAAGAUCAAUCGAAAGCAGAAAGUUCUGGUGGUGCAAGUCGCUUUAUAGACACCGUUAAGAAAGCUUUGAUAUCUCGUGUCAGAUCACAAUCAACAGCGGACGGAUCAAACACAUCAACACUUCCAAAUGGAAAGAAACAUCAGAAUCAUAUAAGCUUUGAAAAUGAUCCAAACAUCAACCGAACACCAUCAUCAAAGUCAAGUAAUUUCUCAUCUUCAAGCUCAUCAAUGGCAACUUUAGAGAAGAAAUCACCAGCAACAUCAAACAAACUCCCACAUCAACAGUCAUUGCCAACACCUCAAGUAUCACAUCACCAAUUGCAACAGCAGUUGUCGCAAUCAUCGGUACAAAACAAGAUCAUCAGUAAUGGUGAGUCGAUGCAAGUGUCAAAUGAACAACAAAGCGACAACUCGAGUUUAUAUAGUGUGGAACUUGAACCAUUGAAUGAUGGUGAACAUCGAUUCAAUGACAGUGAUCCCGGCUUUGGAUCUAUGUCAUCAUCAGAACAAGCGCAGAUGACGAACAAUCAACUCAUAAGACAGAAUCAAAUAAACGCUGAACAACAGGAAGUGCAUCAAAAAGAAGUUGAAGAGUUGAAACAGGAAAUAACGAAAUUGAAGUGUGAUAAAUUAGAUUUGUUAAGGCAGAAUGUGACAUGUCAACGUGAUAUCAAACGUCUAAGAGAACGUGAACUUUCACUUCAAGGCGACCUUUCUGCUGCCAGCAAAGAAAUUCUUCGACUUCGCGAACUUCUGCAAGAAUUCACAGCAACAGCAGCUGGCAAUAGCACUACAAUUGUUACCAACACAACAACGACCAUGUUGUAAACUCACAGAGUUUAUUUAUAUCAAAUCAUAAGAAACCUAAGAGACAACAAAUCAGGGUAAUUUAAUGCUUUGAAACCAAAAAAAAGAAUGAAAACGCAAUUCAACAUAAAGAUCUUGGAAGUUCAUAAAAAUAAAUAAUUUUCCCAGCAUUCAUGAGUUGCGUGAUGUGAGUUAGUGAAUGGGGAGUGAGGAGAAGGGAGAACUUUGAAAUUUCCCAAACUCAAAGCUCAGUUUUUUUAUUAUUAUUUCUUAUAUUGUUGUGUUAUUCAACGAAGGACAGUUGUUUUCAUUUUUGUUAAUAUUUUUUGAAGUUUGCGAAAGCAAUAAUAAACCAAAAAAAAAAAUCCACACGAUGACAAUCGCGUUUGUUUAUCACGCUCUCAUAUCUUGUGUCUCGUUUUGUAAAGUUUUAUGAUAGAUACUUACAUAUUUCUGAACUGAGAACGAACAAAUUUAGCUGAAUAUUUAAGACUCCACAACGACUGCUACUCCCACCAUGAACACAAUUUUGUCGACAGACAACAAAAAAACUUUAAUUCAAUGUCGUUGUUGCUGAUUGCAACAAGACAAAUCUUAUUUCUCAUUGAGAAGGAAAAAUGAAUUAAACUUUUCCAGUUUAUGUUUUUCAUUCUUCUUUUCUUAUCAACUGUGACAAAAGUCGAGCACCACUGGCUGACUCGCUUUGUCUUUUUGUCUAUGUGACAAUUUACAUGCGAUAAGAACUUAAAAGGAAAAAAAGCAGAAAAAAGAAAAUUAGAAACCAUAAAGAUAUUCAAACAAAAUGCUUUUAUGUAUAGUUGUCGUGUGUGUCGUGUGUAGAUAUUUGGAAAUCAUCACAAUCAGAAAAGGAAAGUAAUUAGAAUCUUUGCCCACUUAAAAGCUAUUGAAGGAAGAAUCUUUUGGGAAUGUCACAAAUUUUUUGAGAGAGAAAAAGAAAGUUUUUUACACAAACAAAAAUGUUUAAACAUGAAGACUGCUUUUUUUGGGACUUUUUUGACAGGG